CAAGUAAAACAUCUCGGUGAAAUCUUCAGCUGGAGUCUAACGAGAAGCAGCAAGCAGGAGGAAUUACUCCAGGAGAAACUACUGACAUACUAUUGUAAAGAUGGAGAUUAAGGAAGAACCCUGCAGAAUAAAAGAUGAAGAUAUAGAGGAACACAUAGGUCUGAUGGAACAACGUGAAGUGGAGGAGAAAAUCCAUCAGUUUCAGAAACCUCAACAAAACACUCAAAAGAUGGAGAUUAAGGAAGAACCCUGCAGAAUAAAAGAUGAAGAUAUAGAGGAACAAAUAGGUCUGAUGGAACAACGUGAAGUGGAGGAGAAAAUCCAUCAGUUUCAGAAACCUCAACAAAACACUCAAAAGAUGGAGAUUAAGGAAGAACCCUGCAGAAUAAAAGAUGAAGAUAUAGAGGAACAAAUAGGUCUGAUGGAACAACGUGAAGUGGAGGAGAAAAUCCAUCAGUUUCAGAAACCUCAACAAAACACUCAAAAGAUGGAGAUUAAGGAAGAACCCUGCAGAAUAAAAGAUGAAGAUAUAGAGGAACAAAUAGGUCUGAUGGAACAACGUGAAGUGGAGGAGAAAAUCCAUCAGUUUCAGAAACCUCAACAAAACACUCAAAAGAUGGAGAUUAAGGAAGAACCCUGCAGAAUAAAAGAUGAAGAUAUAGAGGAACAAAUAGGUCUGAUGGAACAAAUUGAAGUGGAGAAGAAACGCCAUCAGUUUCACAAAGUGAAGAAGAGGAAGAAACUUCAAAGAAGAGGAGAGAAAUGUUCUUGCACCUGCUCUCAGUGUGGAAAGAGCUUCAAAACUAAACCAGGCUUGAAGACACACAUGAUAAUCCACACCGGAGAGAAACCCUUCACAUGCCAUCAGUGUGGAAAGAGCUUCCCAUGGGCAUGUAAUCUCAAAAGUCACAUGCUGAUUCACUCAGGAAAAAGAUCAUUCGGCUGUGAUCAGUGUGACAAGACAUUUGUUUUGGCAGAGCAGCUGAAAAGACACAUGAAAAUUCAUGCAGAUGUGGAGCCUCAUGUGUGUUCUGUUUGUGGAAAGAGUUUUUCACUGCUCGAAUUUUUAAAACAGCAUGAGAUUAUUCAUACUGGUGUGAAACCUUAUGUGUGCUUGGACUGUGGGAAGAAGUUUAUUAGAUCCAAUGACUUAAAAACACACCAGAGGAUUCAUACUGGAGAAAAACCGUACACUUGCUCACACUGUGGAAAGAGUUUCACUCGGUCAGGAACCUUGAAAGAUCAUGAGAAAAUUCAUACUGGAGAGAAACUGCACAAGUGCUCACACUGUGGAAAGAGUUUCACUCGGUCAGGAACCUUGAAAGAUCAUGAGAGAGUUCAUACCGGAGAGAAACCGUACAAGUGCUCACACUGUGGACAGAGUUUCUCUAUGUCUGGAACCUUGAAAGAUCAUGAGAGAAUUCAUACUGGAGAGAGACCAUAUAAGUGCUCUUCAUGUGGGAAGAGUUUCACCACAUUAUCACAUCAACGGACUCAUGAGAAAAAGCAUUGUCCAAAGUUACCUAAGUGAGCAAAGUUCACAUUCACAAGUAAAUAAUUUGAUAUUCAUGAA